AUGAAGAACAAGUCCAAAGGUCUCAAUUCCCAGAUGACUUCUUCUUUGGUUGAAGGUGCUUAUCUUGAAGAUGGUAAGGGCUUAAGCAACUGGGAUUUUUUCACUCAAAUUCCAGGAAAAAUAGCGGAUGAUGACAAUGGAGAAGUUGCAGACGACCAUUACAACCGCUACUUGGAAGACAUUGAGCUGAUGCAUUCCUUAGGAACAAAUGCAUACCGGUUCUCCAUUUCCUGGGCUAGAAUUCUACCUGGAAUAGAGCCAUUUGUGACAAUUCACCACAGUGACCUGCCCCAAGUACUAGAACAACGAGACGGGGGUUGGCUCAGUCCGCUAUUAAGGGAAGAGUUUGCACAUUUUGCCUCCAUAUGCUUUGAGAGUUUUGGAGAUAGGGUAAAGUACUGGGUUACCAUAAAUGAGCCCAAUAUGGUGGCUGAUUUUGCCUAUCUCAGAGGACUAUAUCCACCGGCUCGUUGUUCUCCACCAUUUGGCAAUUGUUCCACUGGCAAUUCUGACGUUGAGCCUCUUAUUGGAAUGCACAACAUGUUAAUAGCACAUGCUAUGGCUGUUGAAAUUUAUCGUACUUUUUUCUGGCCGAAACAAAAUGGGUUUAUAGGAAUUGUUGCGCAUGCAUUCAUGUAUGAACCGCUUAGGGAUGAAGAAAGGGAUCGGGAUGCUGUUGAUAGAGCCUUAGCUUUCAAUGUGGCCUGGUAA